CAUACUUGAUUUUUUAGUGAUGAUUAUUAACGAAGACCGAUUCCGUGGUGGGUGUUCUGACAGGAUAUGGGAACUUGAGCCCGACGUCGGUCGCAGGCCGGAUAUUCUUCUUCUUCUACGGUCUCUUGGGGAUCUGUUCCAUCGGUUUCUUCAUCGUCUCGCUCCGUAACGCCGUGAUCGAGCAGUUCCAGUGGCGUCUGGCCGAGCAGUUCUCUCGCCCUGCGCACAUGACCCGUGUCCAGACACGGAUGUCUGCGAAGGAUCUGUCUUAUCCGAUGGCACGGCUUGAAGAGGAGCAACGUGUCAAGGUCAUGGUCAAACGCAAGAUGAUCCUGAGGAUGGUCUCGAUCUGGAUUGUGCUCUGGUUCGGAGGCGCGGGCGUGUUCUGCACGUUUGAGCAGUGGUCCUUUCUCGAGUCGCUGUAUUUCUGUUACGUGACACUCACAACGAUCGGCUUUGGAGACUACGUGCCCAUGGAACCGGGAUCGAUCGAGUUCUGGAACAUUUACGUAUUCGUUGGCCUCACCAUCUUUGCUUAUAUCCUCUCACUCAUCUCCGAAUCCAUGAUUUCGCACAUCCACCUCGUAGAUGAUGAGGAGGUCGACGAGGACAAUGACCUCUUUGGAUGGGAGCAGUCUGAAGAUCAUAAUGUGCCGGUCAUGAUCAAUGACCAGACCGGAAGCGGUAGCAGCGGUGAGGUUCUGGGGUUGGAUGGGCUCAAAUGGUUAACGCAGCCACUCAAUUGCGUCUUGUUCCAGCAGGAUGCUGUUUACCAACAGGGGCGAGCUCAAACUGUGUCAAAGAAGGCGCUAGAUCGUCUGCGUAACAGAUUUCAUCUUGUGGUUCGAGCGAGCAAUAACGCUGUCCACGCUAUUGACACUGUAGCUGGAUCAAGAGAAAGGAAGUGCUGUAUGAUGCAUGGGCGAGAGAGAGAUGCCGGGUUGCUGCAACAUCAGAAGCAUCAAGUAGGACCACAGGAUCAACAGUUGAGGCAUCAAUUCAGGUGCAUGAGUUCUGCAGGACGGAUCUUGAAAGUUCCAUCCAAGGGACGCAAACAGAUGAUGAAUGCAGAGUACUAUGCAACCUACGGAGGGCCACCGCCCAUCAACACCCAAAGCGAUCAUGUCAUCAUCUCCGGCAAUACCUUGCACGGCAGCACCGACAACAUCAGCGCGGAUAUGGGCCACAAAGACCCGCCGAUGGGCAAUGCACCUGCAUUUAUCAAGUUUGCAGACAAGUACAGUCUACCGCACCAACGGAUCAUCUGUAGAAUGAGCAACAAGGUUGCAUCCAUGAGCCGGCGAAAGUCCUUCCAGGGAAGCAGUCGAUCUACCGCUGGAUCGCCUGUCUCUGCUAGGAGCAGCUUCAGCAAUAACGGUAGUGGACACUUUCAGCCUCAAGGACACGUCUACGGAACAGCAGGAUAUCACGACGUAAUGGCGCGGCGCCGUCAUGCCACUCUUAUGGCCAGCGGUGAGACGAGUCCACGGGAUAACAAUAGCGACCGGGGCUCAAAGGGGCGUGCUUCUAUCGGUCACAUAACGUAUGAGAAUCACACCGACAGCUGGCAUAACGAUGUCGUAGAAGGAGUUAGGGAUCGGGAUCCACAUACACAUCACGAUGAGCGAGUGCACCAGCACCAUGGUUCUCCUCGAGAGCUGCAAUACCUGCAGACAAACGCAUUGCAGCACCAACCUCAAGUCAAGUUCGAGUCUCCCAGAGAUGCCGUGCGAGACAUGGUGAAGCCAUGGGAGAGCAUAACACCCCCAGGACAAAGGGUCUUGUUCGAGGAAUGCCAUUUUGAGUCUGUGCGACCAUCGCAGCAGAAUGUACAGCUCAGUGCGCCAGAGGCCGCAAACCUUCAAGGUUCAAGUCAGAAAUACGAGCAGGCGACUUUGAGGAGUCUCAAAGCGCCGUGGCCAAGCAAAGACGAAGGCAUUAGCAUGGAUGACAACGUGAAGGCCAUGAAGGCGACUGGGGAGAGUAUUAAUGAUCUUGAGACGAUACAAGGCUCGGUAGAAGGAAUCCAUAGGCGGAAGCACCAGCUGAGCGUGGCCACCAAAGUUGGCACGCUUUCGAACGAAGAUCCUCUGGACUCGACUAAACAGGAUUCAUUUUUCUCUUUUCAUCCACGUCAGAAGAGAUUUCCUUCUGAUGAUCCGCCGGAUACCCAAGGAUCACCAGCAGCUGUACUAGAGGAUGAACCCCCGCCCUUAGCGCAGUACGACGAUAUCUUUGCUUCAGAUGAGAUGGUACCGCCACUCGAUUCUCAGUCUCGCUCAGAGUCAGGGUCAUUUUAUCAACGGCAGCGAUCUUUUAUUAGGCCAGUUGUGCACUGGGGCUCAUCCCGAAGCUGUUUUGACUCCUCCAGUACUGGAAAGCCUGAUAUAGAGACUGUUAUGGAGCAGGAAGCAAGUUGCAGUACGCACUCGCCGUUCUUUGAUACGACCCAUGCAGAACCACCCCCAACGGAUCCUACUUUCAGUCGAGGAUCAAACAAAUAUUGCAGAACCCUCAGCAGAAAUAUACCGCUCUCGCGAUCGUCUUCAAUCGCGAUAGAGAUGAAUGUCAGCUCCUUUGACAAAGAACCCAAAAUCCAGGGACUCUCCGCGCGUUCAAAGACGACGUCGACUUGAACCAUAUCGCGCUGGAACUCCAGCAAGUGAACCGAGGUCGAGCGGAACAAGGCAGAGCUCAAGUACCGGCAAGCUGAGAUCGAGACACAGAUGAAUCCUCUUUUUCAAGCAGUGAUUAUCCAGUACUUUCACUCCGGACGCAAAGCAAUGAGGAUAUUAAAAAAACUUACUCCAUUCUCAUUUAGU